AUGGCGCAAGAACAGCGAAAGAGUCCCGUCCAGUUGGACGUUAUCGUGGUCGGUGCCGGCUUGAGUGGUUUGGCCUCUGCGAUUGGAGCUGCUCUAUCCGGACACCACGUGACCGUAUAUGAAUCUGCCAAGGAGCUCCUCGAGGUCGGUGCUGGACUCCAGGUAACCCCUAACUGCACAAGGAUCCUGCAGAAAUGGGGACUGCCAGAUCGAUUGUGGCAAUCUGCAGCAGAGCCCACUUCUCUGCUGGUGCACCGGUACUCGGGUGAGGUUCUCGCCAUGGAAAAGGACUUUGAUAAGAACAUUCGUCAAAAAUACGGUGCUCCCUUCAUCGAUCUGCAUCGUGUCGACAUGCAGCUCUCCCUUUAUGAGAGGGCCAAGGAUCUCGGUGUCGUGUUCAACCUGGGCGAGAAGAUUGAGUCUAUCGACUUUGACAUACCCGAGAUUACAUGUGUCUCAGGACUGAAAGGCAGAGCAGACCUCAUCGUCGCUGCCGACGGCUUGUGGUCCAAGAGUCGGGCGUGUCUGCUGGGGAGAAAUGACCCACCGAUCCCGACUGGCGACCUGGCCUACAGAGUCGUGCUUAAUCUCGACCAAAUUCAAGAUCCAGAACUCAGACUUUGGGUCAAGUAUCCGUCAUGUCACUUCUGGAUCGGUCCUGGCGCCCAUGCUGUGGGUUACUCGCUCCGUGCUGGACAGAUGUACAACAUUGUUCUUUUGGUGCCGGAUGAUCUCCCGGAAGGUGUGAGCAAGCAGUCUGGCUCCAUUGAAGAGAUGAAGGCAUUGUUCAAGGACUGGGACCCUAUCCUAGGAAGGUUCCUUGAUCUUGUCGAUGACGUUGAUAAGUGGAAACUGAUGCACAGAGAGGAGCUCGACUCAUGGGUCAAUGACAAGUCCAACUUUGUUUUUGUCGGUGAUGCCUGCCAUCCCAUGCUGCCGUAUUUGGCACAAGGUGCCAACUCGGCAAUUGAGGACGGAGCUGUGCUUGGAAGUCUCUUGGGCCACAUCAACUCCAAGGCGCAGCUGCCCAAAGCUCUGAAGAUGUACGAGAAGCUGCGGAAAGCCAGGGGUGAGGCUAUCGUUCGCGAAACAUUCAAGCAGCGCGAGUCUUUCCACAUGCACGAUGGCCCCAAGCAACAAGCACGUGAUGAAAUCUUCCGUCAGUACAUGGAUGGAGAGAAGCUCAGCGGACCUUUCCCAAGCCGAUGGACAUGUCCAGAGGUGCAGCCGUGGCUGUAUGGCUACGAUGCCUUCAAGGAGGUGGCUGAUGCCGUAAAGGAAAGUCCAUUCACUGAAAACAAGCAAGUGGAAGCCGACUGCGCCACGACUUGGGUCGCUCCAGUGCCAGUGCUUGGCAGAGUGACCUCGUGGAUCAAGUCGAGAAUGUCACGGAUGUCGAUAUAG